AUGCUUUAUGUAUUACUGUAUACAGCUCUCGUUAAAAGCAUCUUAGCAUUAAUCAGUGACCUCAACUGCACACGCGUAGAUAUUAUGCCAAAUGCUAUGGUGAAAAUCGUGUAUACAGAAAAAGCUGUGAUUUGCGGAAACAAAUUACCUGACGCCUACUGUGAAAAAAUAAUGGACGCGAAGCAAGCGGGAAUGCCGGGAGCAGCGGCGGUCGCGGGUAUGGACACUGAGAGACCCGACCAUUGUUUCAAGGAUCCAAUGGCCGUUAGUCAGCAAAUAAAAGAGUUCACCACAAUGUGGUGUCCAAAAACGUGCGGUUGGUGUUGCCUCACUCCUGCGUGGAACUGUCAGAAUAAACUGUGUGAGUUUGACGUUUUCAACCAUCCGUCGUCAUGA